ACUCAAGCCACCAGUCAUAUAUAUAGUCUGUCUUCUAUACGACGACGAGUGGCAUUUUACACAUCAACCUAUUCUCACUUGUAUACACACACAUACUCACACUUACGAGUAACAACACUCUCGGAGCAUCACUGCCUUCCAUCCACUGUUCUCUCUUAUCCACGCUGUUGUCAUACCACUCCUCACAGGAUACAAAUCCUCAAAAUCAGCAACUAUGAGUACUGCUGCUCUCCAAUACGACCCGGGUUUCAACCACUUCAACAUGGGUGGCCGAACUUCCUUUGCCUGGCCUGAUGUCGUCCUCGAGCCCACUCACAACACUUUCCCUGGCCAGGAGCUUGGCCCUUACGCAUCGGAUUCCAGCCUCAGCCCUCCUCCCCAACAGCGCUCCAUGACCAACAGCCCGCCCAGGAUGGCACCGGAGCAGCGUGAGCUCAAGAGGCAGCGAGACCAGGUCCGCCGCGACUCCAAGUUGUCAGCACGUCUGCGCAGGGCAGAGAGCCACUCUUCACAAGGCGGUCACUACGACAUGGCAUCACCACCUCACUCGGCCAACGGUGACUACACAACCGGCACCAGCAGCCUGCCCAGCAUGCCCGUCUAUACCACCGCUCCCUCCGAUCUCUCCCUGCUCACCGAGCCCACGACACUCGCGCCACAGCUGGUGCUGCCUCCUUACUCGCCCCCUCUGCCAUCAUCCAACUCUCUGCCGCUUCACUCGCCGCCUCUGCCGUCUUCCACCUCGACUGUCUUCCCUAGCCCUUAUCAGCCACCGGCGUAUUUGCCAGAGUACCCAUACACCCCCUCCUCGAGCUCCAGCGUCUCGUCGCAUUACGGACCUAUGUCGCACGAGCCACCCAUGAUGUACUCCAUGCCUUCCAUAAUGCAGCCCGGCAGCGCACCACACCACCACGCUGAUGGACCCUCGGCUGUCCGCGUUGUUCAGAGCAGGCCUAAGCCCCAGUGCUGGGAGCACGGGUGCAACGGGCGCCAGUUCUCAACAUUCAGCAACCUUCUGCGGCAUCAGCGCGAGAAGUCUGGCCAGGCUGCCAAGGCCACCUGCCCAGAUUGUGGUGCCGAGUUCACCAGGACCACAGCACGAAAUGGACACCUGCUCCACCAGAAGUGCAAGACGAAGAGGCAAGGGUCGACCAGCAGCAAUUGAAGAAAGACAGAAAAAGAAAAAAAGACGAAAAAAAAAGAGAGGAAAGAGUUAAAUGAUAUAUUGCACAAAUUUGUCUGCAUUUGGAAUUCAAGAUACCACGGUUGGCCGAAGAAAUAGCUCCCGAGACGACACUUCACCUUCCCACAGCUUCAACUUUGAUUCUAUGGGAACAUGUUUAUAUAAACGACCGCCACCCUGCUCUGGACUUUUCCCCUCGUUUUUCCUCUCUCCGUCCGCUUCGCCCUUGUGUUGUCGAAAAGGAUGGAACUGUAUAGGGUAUCAUAACAUGAGGGACGGGCGGCGCGGAUCAUGAAGGCCACGGCUUGUUCUGAUUUAUGGUUGUUAUUUUGUUCAUAUUUUUUUCUAUCUUGUAUUAUCUUGGGCGUGCAAUUUCACGGGUCUUUCAAGAUCCAUUAUUUUUUUCCAUCCAGCUCCCUCACUUGGACCACCCUCGGCGCGAGAGUUCGAAGUUUACCUAGACUGAAACAUGAGUCUUCCAAGAGACGGAGUACCGAGAAAAAGGAGUUGGGUUGCUCCCAUGUUUGUGACAAAGUUUGGCAGUACGAUUGAAUUGGUUCUGGAGCGUGGUGGCAUCAACAGAAAGAUUCUCUUCGCAAAUUUUCAGGCUUGCUUCUCGGGACGAUGAAGGAACAUUUUGAUGCUGUACUUAAUUAGCUAUGAAAUCACCUUUGCCACCAUGAAGGGCAAAAAUCAC